AUGUUGUGGUCCGCGCUUCACGAACCUGCCAUUUUUGCGGAUUACGAGAACGAUUAUGAUGGUCCCUUGCAUGACAAUCGUGCGCCAGGAUGCUGCGACGUGUUGUUCGGAGUGCUUCGCGCCUGCGGAAUGGUGUGCUACAUCGCGUGUCCACCGAUGCCGUCGCAUAUCACCAGAAAACUCGCAUUCCAUCCGCCGCCCAAGGGUUUGACCUAUCAUAUCGAGCUCAAGUCGCAACCCGAACGAAUCCUCAAAAAUAUCGCCGAGGCGAAAGGACAAGAAAUUCAACUAAUCAUUCGCAAUUUGUCGACUCAAAUGGAUUAUAUUCCCGAUGCGAAGUCGGUUGAGGUGUUCAGCGUCGAGACGUCGCAACACAAUCAUCUCGUGUGCGUGCGAUGCAUUCCCUAUGAGCCGUCGACGUGCUCGACGCUCGCCGAUCAAGUCAUUCUGUUCUGUCAGCCCAACUCGUCGGACAUUGGCGGAUUCUUGCAGCCGCACAUUAUGAAUCUGACGAACUACGCCAACAUUUUCGAGAUGGACGUUUACGCGUUCGAUUAUUCCGGCUACGGCUACUCGUCGGGAAGAGAGGGCGAGAAGAACGUGUACGCCGACGUGCGCGCCGUCUAUCAGCACAUUCGGCGAGCGCAGCCCAACAAGAAAAUUGUGCUCAUGGGCUACAGUAUUGGAACGACGGCGGCGAUUGAUUUGGCGUGCACGAAUCCGGAAGGACUCUCUGGAGUGGUGCUCGUCGCCCCGUUCACCAGCGGAUUGCGGCUCGUCUCGUCGAAACCCGCAAAACCGGAGACGUGUUGGGCGGACUCGUUUAAAAGUUAUGACAAAAUUGGAAGUAUUGACGCGAAAGUGCUUAUUUGUCAUGGCGAUAUGGACGAGGUGGUCCCGUUGUCGCACGGAUUGGCGCUGUAUGAGAAAUUGAAGAAUCCGGUGCCGCCGUCGGUUGUUCAUGGCGCCAAUCAUCAUACGGUGUUGAGCGGUCGGCAUUCACAAACGUUUUCGAGGAUAUUGCGGUUUUUGAAAAAUGAAACCGACGUGAAAACUCGGACCACCGAAAUUUCUAGCCGAAGCGACAACAACGCAAGCUUUAAGUCUACAUGA